AUGGGUGGAAGCUGGACCGUUCAGGCAGCAGAGCAAGAUCAGAUGAUCGACCCGCUCCAUGUGAACCCCCUGCUUCUGACAACAACAAAAGUCCCUAUUCAAAACAUCCAAAUUCAAGAUCCUUUUGAACAUAGCACUAUGAUACCAGGUGCACACUUAUUGAAUUUUCCUGAAGAAAACCAAUUCCACGCGCCGACAUUUGAAUCAACUACCUCUACUGAUGAGUCACUUUGGCCAACGGUUCUGCCACCAAAUCCAUCGGUUUACGACACAACUCAUUUUACUGGAGGUUAUUUUCCGCAAACGUCGACAGAAAUCGAUUAUAUAUCAGAGUCUUCCUUCACAGAAUCUGACUGUUUCACCACUUAUCCUGUUGCCUUUGGUACCAUAUCAACAAAUAAUGACUCCUCACAGCUGGACUUGGGAGAGCAACCAGGACUGGAAGCUUCUUUGCAGAAGAGAAAUGGAAGGAAUGCCUUACCAAGAUGUGGGAAGAGUGCAAAAACCAAGGCUGGGGCGUCUGGUGAAUCCAUCAACAACCCGAUUAAAAUUCGAAAAGCUAGAAGCAAGAUCAUACAACAUCCAAAAAUGAAUACAUUAGAGAAGGCCUUCAAAGCAUAUUCAAAUGCACCUUCGUUUAAAGGAUUCAAACUGCUGAUGGAUGAAGCGAUGUCCUAUGGAGAGAUGCACAUGAGUGUGGAGAACACAUCUAUUCUGAGAACCCCUUCAGCUUCACAAGAGUCCGUUACCGGAUCAGAUAUAUCGGAUAUCAAUAUGUACAGCGAUCAUGGUUCGAACUCAUCGAACGGCUGCGAAAACCCCGCUGUCUAUACUAGUGACGGUCACGAUAACUGGAACAGAACGACGCGUGAGCCUGAUCAGGACACAAAACCACGAUUUGCCUGUACGUUCAAGAGCUGCAAACAAAACUUCAGCGCUUACUCCGAUUGGAAGCGACACGAAGAGAAUCAAGACCAUUACCCUCAGGAAAGAUACAUGUGCUUACAAUGCCUCAUUCCAGAGGGCGUUCCCACAGAUAAUACAUUUUGUGAAAUAUGUCGUCAUAGAUUCUGCAGGACAGAAGAUGUUGAAGCUCAUUACAGGCUCUGUCUCCCAGACCAAGAUAAUCCCAAGUACACUUUCACCAGAAAAUAUCACCUCAACAGUCAUCUUCGACGGCAACACAAUGUUGGGAUGGUGAGAGCGAACGAGCUUUCUGGGAAUUGGAAGUACUCUUUGACCAAUAACUGGCCACGACAGUGCCACCUAUGCAAUGUUUCGUUUACGAACUGGAAAGAGCGAAUGAAGCAUAUCGCAAAACACUACCAGAGGGGAGAGGAUCGACCUCCUGGUCCGGACCAUCAUCGAAAAGAUGAUGAAAGCGACGAAGACAACGACGAGGAUGAUAAUGACAAUAAUGGCCCACCACGGAAGCGUAUAAGGAGUAAUGUCCAAGAUACAGCUUCGUCAAGUGCGCAGCCCAUAAUGCGAGGACGGACCGCAUCCGACAACAGUUUUGAUGCGAAUUCAAGCUCGAACUUCCAUUCUGCUAAGAGCGGUACCCCACGUUCUUCUCAAUUCCACCGUCUCUAUAACCCACAUAAUUUCAAUGCAAAAUCAAUUGCGUGCUAUCCCGGAUACCCUAGCUCGAAGCCGAAAGUAUCGCAGAAGCAAUUAGACUCACCCAGCGAUUGUAUCAACUGGAAUCGCUUGUUCAUGCUCAAUAGGUACUUGAGAGAUGCAGAUGAAGGAGUACGCAAUGGAUGGAAUUGGUCGGACGUGUCUGACUUCGACGACUUCAUACCACCGCCAUUACCUCGGUCAUCAUCACGCCGAAUCCGGCGGUCAGUCAAACGAACGGUACGAUUGAAGGCCACUCUCAAACUGGAACAGCUGACAGCGGCCAUUGAGUACAUUGCCCAAAAUGUUCGUGCCUUGCCAAACGGGGUGUUCUGGUUCUCCUCGAGUAUCAAGCAAGACGUGAAAGAUAAUUUCUGGGACAUCGCACUUCAAGCGAUACACUUUUCUCCGAAAGAUAAUCCGACAGUUUUCCACGUCUAUGACAGUUGGUGGAGAGAAGAAGGGGCCGCCAUGUCGCCGUCACCCACCAUUGACUGUUCAUAUCUGGUCAUUGCCGCAUGGCAGGAAGCGGAUGUCGUACACCUCGAAUGGACUCUAGAUCAGGCCUGGGAGAAAAUUGAUGCUAAAAACGAGACACAGGAUCUUCAAAGUCUACAGGCUUUAUUCCACUUAUACACGAUGAAAUCACGAUCUAGACCUUUUACAACGCCAGCAGUAGAUAAGGUUUCCGCUGCCCAUCCGUACAGAGCAUCGACUCAAAAAUUUGUCGAUUUCUUGACACUUUAUAAGAGAUCCUUCGGUCGGAAGCUCACCACAAAAGCCCUCGGCGUAUUUUUUGAGUUGGAGGCUGCACAACACUUUUGCACCGAGCAGUGGCUGCAGACGUUACUUGAAAAAGAAAGUUUGAAGCGAAGACUUCAAUAUUUGAAGAAGUCAGACUCGAGACUGUUCUCUACGAACGCAAAGAUCGCAACACUUUUUCAGGCAACAUGCAAACCCAAAAGUCCGUUGUACAUCUCACAUAAGAGUCUACAGUCUUCUCUGUUUCCAGAUCUGAUGAAAUCUCACAACAUGUCAGAAACACGCCGCCCUUACGAUUUUGUGCACAGUUCGUAG